AACAAGCCACGGCAGAAGAGCCACCACCCUCCGAAACCUUUGGAAAAGAAAGAAAGAGGGAGAUUUUAACAUUUCAAGCUCUUCGUCAAAUGGACAGAAUCGCGGUUGUCACUGGUGCGAAUAAAGGGAUCGGAUUCGAGAUAUGCAAGCAACUAGCUUCAAAUGGAGUCUUUGUUGUUUUAACCGCCAGAGAUGUAAAUAGAGGAAAUGAGGCUAUCGAGAAGCUUGCGAGCAUGGGGAUCUCCAACGUGGCCUUUCAUCUGCUCGAAGUGGCCGACGGGAAUAGUGUCAAUUCGCUGGUGGAUUACGUCAAGGCUCGGUUCGGGAAAUUCGAUAUUUUGGUGAAUAAUGCAGGCAUAACCGCAUCUACAGUCAUGAAAAAGGACUUGGUCUUGACAGAAGAUAAAAUUAUAGGUCCCGAGGCCAAAUCGAUGAAAGAGCAUAUUAAAGAGACGCUUGAAUCAGCAGAAAAAUGUCUGAGGACUAACUACUAUGGAAUCAAACAAGUGACUGCUGCUCUUCUACCUCUUCUUCAACAAUCAAAUGCAGCAAAAGUAGUCAAUGUCUCCUCUUCCCUUGGCCAGCUUAAGUACAUCCCCGGCGAGAAUAUCAAAGAGGAGCUCAAUGACAUCGAUAACCUCACGGAAGAGAAAGUGGACGGUUUGGUAGUGAGAUUUCUGAAGGAUAAGAAGGAGGACACGGUGGAAACCGGAGGCUGGCCGAUCAUUUUAUCCGCUUACAUCGUCUCCAAGGCAGCUCUCAAUGCCUACACAAGAGUUUUGGCGAAGAAAUAUCCCGGUAUCGCCAUCAAUGCUGUGAACCCCGGUUUUGUCAAGACCGACCUGAACCGCAACACUGGGAUUUUGUCGGUCGAGGAAGGCGCCAGAGGUCCUGUUACAGUGGCUUUAUUGCCAAAAGAUGGACCUUCCGGCGCGUUCUUCGACCGGACGGUAGUAUCGACCUUUUGAUCAAGAUUUAGCUGCAUAGUGCGGAGAGGCCAUGUUCGUAUAAGACCCUAAACCUAUGUUCUUUAUAUUUUUCCUUCUGUUUAUUAAUAGGAGUUUCUGAACCACAUUAUAGUUAUCUUAAUAAGAUUGGAGAGAGUGAAGUUGUCAAA